AUGGCGACUACUGGAGGAGCCGCUGCAGCCAGCGGUGAGGGCAAGAACGCCGGGGGCAAGAUCCCAGUUCCCAUCUUCGACUGCACGAGCAAGACAAUGAAGAAGUUCCGCGAGGAGGUCGCAACCUGGCAGAUCGGCACCGAGGUCAAGCCCCUCAAUCUGGGAGCGACGCUUUUGGCGAGCCUCAAGGGCAAGGCCGAAGAGGCGCGCGAGGAGCUCGACCUGGAGACCAUCAAGGGCGACGAUUCGGCUGAGGUUGUCCUAGCCUACCUCGGGGAGCAUUUUCCCGAUCUCGAACACAAGUUCGAAGAGACUCGCGACUUCAACAAUCGCUUCAACGGCAUCGCCACGAAACCACCGGCCAAGGGGAUCCAGGUCCCCGAUGAAGUCUUGGCCGACCUCUACAUCAAAGAAGCCAGGCUGCCACCUGAGCGCGCGGCCAGCGUGCUCAAUGCGUUUGGCAACACGUUCAAUCUUACGAGGAUCCAAGAGCAGCCCGUGAUCAACCUGCCCAAGGUUUCGGUCGUGGAUGGCAACUGGGACCGCCACGAAAAGAGAGGCUACGGAGGUCACAAGAAGGACCACAUGAAGGCGUACGCCACGGAGGCCUACGACGACGAGCGUAGGGCCGAGGACAGAUUCGACGGUGCCUCGCCACACAGCUCCGACGAAUUCGACGACGACUUGCCAGACGAGUUGCAGGACCCGGACAAGCUCAAAGAGGCAAAGCAGGCGCGCGGCUACUUCGCCAAGCGAGACGGCGGGCCUCCGCAGGAGAAGGACGACGCCAGGAUCACGGAGAUGAAGGCAAGGACGCACUGCGGAGCUUGCGGCCAGAAAGGCCACUGGCGCGGUGACUCGCAGCGACCAGAAAAGAAUGGCCCCAACGCGAUGCAGGACAUCCCUCGCAAGGGAAGCCACACGGCGAACCUCGCCACGCACGACGGGGCCGGCGACGCGCAGGAGCCCCGCGUGGCAGAGAUGACAGUCGCGGCGGUCUACCAGCAGGAACAGGCGGGCGCGGCGAGAGCCGGCAAACAGAGCACGCUGCAGGCGAUCGACCAGAAGACGCUGCGCCAGGCCACCAGGAUUCCCGAGGAGGUGACCGCCGCCCACUCCCACAUUAACAAGGACACUCAGUGCGUCAUGGCAGCGACGGGCUCGGCGCUCAUCUACAUUCGCGGCGAAGAGCUACUUCGUGAGUCAGGAGGCAAGCUGACCUUCGACACAGCCCGUUCGCAGGGCGCUGGGGAUCCGGAUUGGCACGGCGACAUCAGGAUGAAGCUGGCGGUCUUUACCAUCUGCCCCAUCGAGUACCUUGAGAAGGAGCCGUUCCGUUUGGCGCUAACCCCCUGCUCGGUGAACGGCAAAGCGUUCACCGCCCGCGUGAGCAUCGCGCGCGGCGCCGUGCCUGGACUGUUCAGCCGCCAGGCCCAGAGCGAGCUGGACAUCGUCUACCACGCCGGGGACAAUAAGACUGACAUCAAGGCGAUGAACGCGCGCGACAUCCAGAUGGGCCCGAGUCGCGCUAGACAUCCGACGCUGGAAGUUACAGGCCCCACCUCAAGUUGCAAGCCCGUUCAGGACGUCUCGGAUACCAAGACCGAGAUCCGCCUGCAUCCUUUUGCGACCUACCACGCUGAGACGGCAGCGGCCCGCCCCGCGCAGCCGGCGGCGCUCGAGCGCUGCGACCAAGGGGUCGACGCCUCGGAGGCUGACGAGUCUCAAUCGGAGACUGACUGCAGCGAGCUCGACAGCGCCGAACUAACUGUUCGAGCAGCAG